AUGUCUUCAUCUGAUCUAGGCCCUUUGGCAAUGAGUCAAACAAAAGAUGACCUCGUCAAGCAUCUAAAUAUUAGUGCGGAGACGUAUACCCUGAUGGCGAAAGAGACAGAUGUAGUCUACAGGUGGCUUAUUUCGGAGAAAUGCCACCUCAAGAAGAACUGCAAAGGGAAACCUCCGUACGAUUGGAGCGAUAUUGUCGAGAGAUCGAAGGAUGAAGCAAUGAAACUGAUAGUCCAAAAUGGUACUGAUCAAACGGCAUACUACUGGAACUUAGCCAAGCCAACUCUCGACUGCCCGAACUGGAUCGCAAGAUGGUUCUUAUAUCAUAAAUUUCGCUAUCGAGAUGGUAGGAACAGAAAUAUCAGGGCCGAUAGUAGGGAUACUGCGCCAUACAAUUCGACAACCCCUUCGCACCAACAUUACCCCAAUUACCAUAAUUCGCACCAUCCAUACCCUUCACGCCAUAGACAUGUACAGGUAGAUGAGCAAUACAGUCACUCUUCGUACUAUUCAAGUGCUUCCAUGAAUACAGGAGACACUCAGGGAUACGACUAUUCUUCCACUGAGCCUAGCUCAUCUACUAGUGGCUACGCCACCUACUCAUCGAGUCAAACAUAUACACCAUCGUCGUCGUACGUACCGUAUACGUCAUCGCCGAUCACCCGAGAGAACGGACAGACUAAGCCAUACGAUCCAGUUAGGGAUCUUUAG